AUGGAAAUGUGCGAGCGGAAUUCUUUAAAUCCGGGCUAUGUUGGUUCUCUGCUGAAUUUCGCUCCUCCUGAGUCGUUGUAUUUCUCCAACCUGCGGGGUAAUGGAGCCCACUUACCCGGCCUGCAUCAGCUCCCUUACAAUAGGAGAGAGGUGUGCACGCUCCCGUGGACUUCACCAAGUUCGUGCGCGUCUGGAUCACCAGCACCACCACCACAACCACUACCGACACCAGCACAGAGCCGCGCCUUUGGGGGCUACUGUCCGCCUUUUCUCUCCAACUCUGUGUCUAUAAAUUCAAACUCCAGCAGCGGGCACGUAAAGGCGCAUUUGGAGGAAUCAGCUCGAUGCUUUCAGAGCGCAAACCACAAGACGGAGGAGGCAGGAAGGCAGGGUGACGUUUACGCAGGAGAGCACGGGGCCGCCACUGAGCGCGGGUUCUCAGACCUGGAGAGCCGGACUCAGCUCGAUCCGGACUCUGCAGGUUCACUGAACAGGCUCAAACAGGAGCAGAAUCAUGGCCAGCCAUCAUCCAGUCACACGUGCAGCAGGACGACAUUUGCAGAAGGUAAGGCAGCUUGUAUGAUGAAACUCUGUGGUCCCCAGCUCACUGUGCGUAUUUUAUUAGACCUAUAAUGACACAAAAGAGACUGUAAGAAGACCUUUGUUGUUUUUUUAAUCCGCGUUAUUUUACACUGAGUCCUCUGUGGUCUCCUGUCAAAUCUUAUGAAGGGACAGAAAAUAUCAUUUUGGGGUAAUAAGGAGAUUUUAUGGUAAAACUGAGCUCGUGUGACUCUCUGAGACUAUUUUAUAGUUGUUUUAUAUCUCCUGUGGCAACUUUGUUAUUUUAAUACCUCCAUAAUAUCCUCACACAGGCCACUGUGUCAGAGGCUCAUUGUAAGGCUAGUCCUGUUUCCCUCAGUGUACAGUAGGCCUAGGGUGGACUUAUUACUGUGUUAUAAAACAAUAUUUAAUGAGAGGAGCGAGGAGUGUAAACCUUGUCUGUGCUUCCAGGUGCCCCGUGGUGUUCUUCUCAAGUGAAACCCAGAAAGAAGAGGAAGCCCUACACCAAGCCGCAGCUGGCUGAACUUGAGAAUGAAUUUCUGAUGAACGAGUUCAUCAACAGACAGAAACGCAAAGAGCUGUCGGACAGACUGGACCUGAGCGACCAGCAGGUGAAAAUCUGGUUUCAGAACCGGAGGAUGAAGAAGAAACGGCUGAUGAUGCGCGAGCACGUUUUCUCUGCGUACUGA